GUUAAAUGAGUAUAAAUGGGUUUAUAGUUGGGUUUACUUAUUUGAGCGUGUGUAUACUCCCGGGGGGCUUCAAUACAGGCCAAUUAAUCCCGAGCCCUACGAGAGUCCGCCGCCUGAUCAGGCUUCUUCUACAAAAAGGCAUAGACAGAAGUCAAGAGUUGGCAACAAGGAAAAAACAAAAAACCUAAAAGCACAUGUCGCAUAAUUUGGUAAUGGAGGACUUGGAAGAAAUUGGUACAGAGGGCAUGUAUAUCGAAGAAGUAUUAUACGACUAUGCUACAGAGGGCGUGUAUAUGGAACAAGUAUCAUACAACUAUGAGAUCGACCACAAUCCUAAACCUGAAGACGAGGGAAGAAUCAAAGUCUAUGCAAGUAUCCAAUUGCCGGAAACCUUAGAAUUUACCAUACUAAAAUUCUCCUUGUCUGCCAAAGAAUUUUCUGAUAGCUUGGGUAGUUAUAGCUGGGAACAACUAAAUUGCUUAGAGGACGAUGAACGUCUCAAUUUUUUGCAGGUUCAGGAAGCGAGAAUGGAAAUCCCUAGACUUGUUUCUAACGUCAUGUUAUACUCGGUCAAGUAUCCCACAGAUUGUGCUUUAAUUUAUAUUACCUUUCUUUUCAAUCCCCCUGAAGAGUAUAGACGCACACCCCAAGUGGCGUCUGCGACGACAUCUGAAGAGGAGGAGGAUAUGAUGCAAGUCUCGUUUGAUGAGAGCACCAUUGAUAUCCAGUUUAGACCGGCAAGUAAGUUUGCGGUUGAGUCUUUGUCAAGGAGAGUAUACGAGAAGACCAAGUACUCCAGCUGCGACGACAUGUGCCCUAUAUGUCUUGAUGAGUUUAAAAUGGGAGAAAGAGUCGUUACCUUACCCUGUGGACACGAGUUUGACGAUGGCUGUGUCCUCAAGUGGUUUGCCACCAAUCACGUUUGUCCAUUGUGCCGUUUCGAACUAGCUAGCUAGUACUUGGGUGAAACGAACCCUAUAAGCAGGGAAACUUCUUUUUUUUUUCAAUAAAGUUUGUUUGUUCGUAUCAUUCAAAACGUUUCCUUUGUAUUUUUGUACCAACACUUUGAUAAUUUGAUAUCUUGCUAUAUUUCAUAAUGCCAUUGUCUGUUUUCC